AUGGAGAGAGACAGAGAAAUACAAAGGAUGAAGCUAGAAAAGUUAAAGACUGUGGCUUCUAUGGAGGCAUGUUACCAGGGUUUUGAUCCUGUAGCUUAUCUGCACUAUAACUACACUCCACCUCGAGCAGAUUUUGAGCGAAGAAGUAGCAUUGUGCCAUGGAAACUCAGCUGUCUGCACAAAGCCUUUACUGAAGAUGAUAUAAGAGGGGACAUUUUAGUUGAUGUGGGAUCUGGCCCCACUCUCUACCAGGUCAUGAGUGGUUGUGAGAGAUUUGAUCGUGUCAUCCUGUCCGACUUUUUGGAAGUGAAUCGAAGAGAGCUGCAAAGCUGGCUACAGGAGGGAAAGAGCAGUAUAGACUGGACUGCUUACUUCAAGUAUGUGUGUGAACUGGAGGGUCGCAGUUCAUCGGCUUGGGCAGAAAAAGCAACACGUCUUCGCUCCGUUGUGUCUGAUGUGCUGCCAGUUGACGUACACCAGUCCUUUCCAUUAUCACCAGAGUUCUUGCCCCCUUCUGGAGCAGACUGUCUAGUGUCAUCUUUCUGCCUGGAGAGUGUAAGCCAUGACUUGCUUUCCUUCAACCAUGCCUUAGGCCACAUCUCCAGCCUGCUUAAAAAAGGUGGUUACCUCCUGCUUAUUGGUGCCCUGGGAGAGAGCUUCUACAUGGGGGCACCAGGGCUGUACAUCCCUGUGGUCCCUCUGGAUGAGUCUCAGGUCUGUGCUAGCCUGAAGGCCAGUGGAUAUGAGCUGUUGCAGUUGUGUAUUUACCACCUGCCUCCAGACAUGAAGGUGGGAGUGGAUGAUGUCACUGGUGUGUUCUUUGCAAAAGCUAAGAAAACUUAAACAAUUUUAGUUGAAGGGUAGUACAUGGACUGGAAAGGUAGGAAAUGUAUGUAUGUUAUUAAUUCUUCUUUUUUAACUGUGCAUGAAAAAGGUUUUUGAAAACACUCAUAUUUGUCAGCAUUUGAAAAGAAAGCUUGUAAAAUUACAUAAAACUAUAAAUAAAUAAUGAUUGCUAAUGUUUGAUUUCCCUCAUUAAAAUUAUUAAAAUUCACCCCACAUUCAUUGCAGAUAAUAUUGUCUGUCUCUUGAGCAUCAUA